CUGCCCUGCAGACAUUGCUGGAGUGUCUCGGGGCGACAUGAGCCUCCAUCGUCUCAAGCCUCGUGACCUGUUCGACGCUCUGCCAGCGCCCACACCACCUUCACCGCCGCCCACACGCUCAACGCGUCCUUCACGCUCAGCGCCAUCCACACACCCUCCACGCUCCAGACGCCCGUCACGCUCCGCGCCGCUCACACACCUUCCUUGCCCCACACGCCCUCCAUGCUCCGCGCCGCCCAUCACACUUCCAAACUCCACGCCUGCCAUGGCCAACGCCACUCCAGUUGAAGACAACAGCACGUUAAAAUCGAGACCCAGCACGCAGUGUGCAGCAACAGAGUCAGCAACAGAGCCAGCAGCAUCACACCCACAUACCAUACAACCACAAACAAAUCCUCCACCAACUAUUCAGUCACCAACAACUCAAACGGAGACUAGCCAACUAGUGACCAAUUCAUCACCCAGAAACCAUCCAACACCUCCUCAGUCAUCUCACACAGAAACUAGCCAUCUCGCGACCAAUCCUCCACCAACACACUAUCCAGCACCAUCACAGCCUCUGGUGACUGAGAACGGUCGUCGGGAUAUCGAACCUAUAACUAAGAAAAGGCGACUUCUGGAAGCCACAGAAAGUGCAGAGGUGCAUGAAAUUACAAAACCAGCUAAACAAGAAGACGUUGAUAUCCUAGCCAGAGUGUGCUCAGCCGUUGGGAUCGACUCUGAUCUUGUGGUGAGUGUAGUGGAUGACCCACCACCCAGCCACCAGUCAGCGACCGUGAGUUCCCCACUCACUACUCCCGCUCAGCAGCAGUACCUGCGAGUCCGGCCCUCCUCACUGGGUAUACCACUUGGCCAUAGGUUGAGACGCCCCGAGUUCAGAGUCUACCCCGGCAUGUACCCGGUGUACCGAUCCGUUCCUGACGGUUCUUAUGCAGUUGCAGAAGUCCGGCAUCCCUAUCACCAGUAUCAACCUCGCCCUCAUGACCCUGCUUACCCUGCCCAACACCACAUGCACAUACCACCUGGAGAGCCUCAGCCGUAUCGUCAUUAUCCGCAGUACCCUGGCAAAUAUCACCUCAUAAGUAGACCCCCAAUGUUGCGUCCAGGUGCCCCGCCGGGACCCGCUGACCACCGGCUGACAUUACCACGCAGCUCCCCAGGUCAUCCGGACACGACUGAUCUCCGCUCGUAUCCUCCUCCAACUCUUCAUCGUUCCCCAUCAGAAGCACCUGUCUUAGUCCAUGAUCCGCGCCUCACAGUUCCUGACAUGCACCACUCACGACCAAGACAUCAAGAUGUGCCUUACGGAAUUCCUACAGCUCUCCGCGACUCUCCUGGCAUGCCCCCGCCAUCCUCUGAACAACCAGCAGGUACACUGGCAAGUCUUUCUUAUGUACGUCAAGUUCCAGGUAGACCUGAUCUACAAAGUCGUAUUGAACAUCAAAAUAAUGCAUCCCUUCGUGAAGUAUACAUCCCAGUCAAUUCUUCCAACAUGCAUCAUGCGCCAGGCUCUGUCUAUUCCGUAAACAAUCAUCAACCCUCAAGUCAGUAUCGCCAUAUGCAUCCGAGAGCGCCAGAGGCAUAUCCUAAGCAUUCCUAUGACCCACGCUCAGAGUCUGUUAUGAAUACCCUUUGGCAUAAACCAAGAUCGCCUCAGACUGCUGCAAUCAUGUCCUCUCAUGCAUCACCAGACAGGUUCCGAACUGCCAUCCCAGUGAGAUCCCCAUACACACCCGAGCAGCUAAAGAACUAUGACUCUCCCUGGAGUUUAAAGCGUCCUGCUGAUGGUUUAGAUAAGCCUCCCGAGAGAAUACAGACCCGUCGAGUUAUGGAACCUCCGAAACCUUGCGUGGAGCUCAUCCCUCUAGGCCCACCGCCUGAGGCAAGAAAAUCCAUUAAUUCGUUCAGUACUUCGACUAUGCGACAAGAAGCUGCUGUAAUUGAUCCUCAUCGACAAAAGAUGGAGAGCAACAUCUCUCAUCACGUUCAGCCUCCCUCUUUAUCUCCUAGGGAGAACACAUAUGCUAGUGUCAAUCAUAGUGAAAAUUUAGCACCACAAGGGCAUCCUGUCCAAUGGAGAACACAUGUGGUGAGGCCAGAAUCUCUUAAUGCUUCUCAUCAUCAAGCCUCCACAAUAAGUCCGCAAGUUCCUGCAUCACAAGAUCAUCCUCCCUUUCGGCGUUGUCUUUCGUCAGAACCAUCAUUUAACCAUCAGCCUCCGGGAGCAGCUUGGAAAGAAGCUGCCUUAGCUAAACCACAGCGAGGACAAGGGCACAGUAGGUCCAAAAGUGACACUGCUAUUCCCCAGACUAGAGCUUAUAAUAAUUAUGAAUUAUCGAAAAGAACAAUUGAUUGUAUGUACGAUGCAUGUAAAUCCAUUUCUAGCAUAGAUAACACAGAUAAACGAAGUACCUCAUUACUAACACAUUGUCAACAAAUUAUACAUAACGAGUCUAGUAUGGACAAUGUAAAUACUAGUGCAGGACAAGUGUCCACAUGGAAUAGUGAUAAAAGUGUAGAAAAAGUUGCUAAUUCCGUUGAUUCCCAUGAAGACAAUAAGCAGACUGCGCCUCGUGGGGAAGAGAUUACUGAGUCACAUCACAUCAUCACAGAGUCAGGAGGAACACUGGAAGACGGUCAUGUUGUUGGCCCUGGCCAGCUCCACAGCCUUCACAGCUCUCGUCAUGUCAACCACCACAGACCCGCCUCCGAGCCGCCUCUCCGACUGCCUUCAGUGACUAAUAAUGCUGCAUCAGCAAGUAAACGACCUGCAUCCUUACCAGGUGCUGGACAACAACAUCAUUGCAUGUUGACUUCCAUAAAACUCCAGAACAACUUGCCGAGCCUCACAAGCCAUCAAAAUAAAUCUUUUGUUGAGACGCCGAGCGACACACACACGGAUGAGGUCUUCAUGGGACGUCUAAGGCUUGUGCUGAAUGAUCUCUUAUCGGUCCCCGAGGCGUCCAAACUUCAACAGGGGUCGUGUUCUCCAGAGCAGCAGUUAGUAUAUGUAUUGAAGCGGGGUGGUGCGAGGCCCUCAGAGGAUCCCAACCCACAACAGCGACUAAGAGAGGACUUCAUGGCGGUAGUGAAGCUUUGUCUCCCUCCAGACCUUCUUCAGGACUGGGGCUGGAAAUCGUGCACUCCAGAUCAGAUACUCGACCAGCUCAUCAAGGUCGCCACCAACGGGUUGACAGUCUCGGGUAAGGAGGGUGGCACUAACAGUGGACUGACCGUCUCAGGUGAGGAAGGUGCCAACGGGAGAGUGAGGUCCAGCCCUGACAGUCCACUCAACCACGAGGUUGAAGCUCUAGAUGACGACGUCUUCUGCCCAGCAACCUGCGCAGCCGCACCACCUCCGCCAUCACUCUUCACCAAGCGCCAUGGUCUGGUCUCUGGUGGUCUUCACGGCCAAGCCACCCAUGCGCGCACCUCCACCACCUACACCAUGCACCAUCAUGGCCCAGUACCGUACCCAGCUACGCACGGUAUGCCACCUUAUGCGCACUGCACCGCCUUAUCUCAUUACACACACCCUCAUAGUCGUGUACCUGUUGAGCCUUGUGGUCAACAGAUGUAUGAAGGUGACCAGGUGUACAGAAGUGACCAGGUGUACACAGGUGACCAACAGGAACACAUCAGGUCUGGCUCUGUUGCGCCGCCUCACAGCACAACUACCAAGAGGCCUGGAGACGAGGCUGCUGCUGCUGCCACACCCUCGGACACCGCCGCCGCUCUUACACCCACCCCGGUCACUUGACCUGUUGAACUCUCAGGGAUUUCAACGAAGGCACCAAGUAAUUUCACAGCCAACUAAAGCAUCAAAAACCAAUUCCAGCAUCAUCAAAUGGUAACUCCAAGUGCAUCCUCUUCCUUCCACCACUAGUGACAUCAGUGACUAUUCAUCAUAAACAAAGGUCUUCUUUAAACUGACUCGUGGGAGAUUAUAGAAGAUGCUGUUAUCGUGUGGAAGUCUCGACAGAAUAUCAGUUAUGUUUGUUUCAGAUAACCGAGGCUAAUGGUGAAGAACUAGAUGCUUUAAGCAAACAGCACUUGGUUAAUUAGUUUUCAUGAUCCACAUCGUCGUCAGACUUUUAGUCUUGGUAUAAUUGUACACGAGAAUGGAGGCUGUUGUACUUAAUUCAGCAGGUUGUUGUGAUAUCAUCCACAGGAGAAUUUUUUGUGUUUUUAUCCACCGGAGGGGAUUUUAUUCUUAUACACAGGGGGCUAUUAUGUUGGCAUUAACAGGCUUUCGUGCUAUCAAUAAACUAUUUUGCGUCAUUCACAAGAGGCUAUAUAGCUAUUUGUGAUGACAUUCACAGAUGUUAUAAUGAUGGUAUCCACAGGAGGCUGUUGUGCUGUCAUUUACAAUGAACAAGACAAAAUAGUUACGUAAAGAAUGUUUUCCAAAGAACGACCGAUUUACUUCAAUGUCUGCGUCGAUAAAUCCUUAUCCUAUUUCAGAGAAUAUGUACAAUACAGGAUUCAUCGCAGUUUGCCACUCCAAAGUUGAACUACAGUACUGACCUUCCCCAGGAUGCAACCCCACAACAAGUUGACUAACUCCCGAGUACCUACUUGUUGCUGGGUGAAAAGAGGCAUUAGGUGAAAGAAUAUUUGUCCAACCAUUUCUGUCCAACCCGUCAUUCGAACUCGGAAUUCUCGAUUAUGCGUCGAGAACGAACCCGACUGUACUACUACGGGAUCCUUUGAAAAAGUGAGGCAAGAAGACCAAUUUGAGGUUCCUGUGGUCUUUUUUUGUGUGUUUGUGGUCGAGUGUGUUAGGGAUGGUUGGUCAUGUGGUCGAGUGUGUGUUAGGGAUGGUUGGUCAUGUGGUCGAGUGUGUGUUAGGGAUGGUUGGUCAUGUGGUCGAGUGUGUGUUAGGGAUGGUUGGUCAUGUGGUCGAGUGUGUGUUAGGGAUGGUUGGUCAUGUGGUCGAGUGUGUGUUAGGGAUGGUUGGUCAUGUGGUCGAGUGUGUGUUAGGGAUGGUUGGUCAUGUGGUCGAGUGUGCGCUGGAGCUGUUUGAUCGUGAGUUCGAGGAGCUUGUGCUGACUGUUUGCUGGAGUGCUCGUGUGGUGGUGGUGCUAUUCAUCCACGCUGUUAGCGUGGUAGAUAGUAUUAGAUCCCCAUGAUGGGAAUCAUGAUACUAGUUUUCCUUGGUGUUGGUGUGGUAGAGUGCUAGAUCUCCAUGGUGCUAGUGAUGUGGUGCUAGUCAGGUGGUGCAAGUUCCUCCUUAGUGCUAUUGAAUGUUGAAUAUAAUUGUAAUAGUCAUAUGCCACUGUGUCUUGAAUUCUAUUCACGCGAAUGAGGUCCAGAGUUACCUGGUAUGUCUCCAAAUUAGGUUUGAUUUAGGGUGCUUCCAGGGCAGAUGUGAGAUAAUGUUAAAAGGUCUAGGAAUGACAGCAGGCAGAGUUCCGCUGACAGCACCCAACUUUAAGAAAUAGGCGCAAGACAUGUUCAUCACUUUUAGAAGAAAUCUGUAAAUCAAUGUUUUUAUAUAUUAUAUUAUAUGCCUCUAAAUUGAUGUCAAACCUGUAUGCACUACUCAAUAAUUUUUGUCAUAUCCUGAAUGUUAUUACGCUUAAAUUUAAGAUAAAUGAUGUUCUAAAGAUUAGAUAAAUUUUUGCACGCCAAUCAAUAUUAAGUGCCUACGUAAUAACACUAGGUUUUACCAUGAACUAGUAACAGGGUACUAGGAUGUUCCAAGUACCAAUAACAGGAUAGUAAUGUGACAUGAACUGGGUAACAAUACUACACUGUACCAGGGACUAGUGUAGAAUUAUAAACUGUGCUAUUAAUCAAUUACAGGCUACUAUGGUGAGCCAUAGAGUAACAAUACAAGACUGUACCAUGAACCAAGAGUAUGAUACUACGAAAUACUAUGAAUUUGUAACAGGGGUACUACGAUGUGCUAUGAAUCAACGACAGGAUACAUUGAUGCCUUGAACCAAUACCGGGAAAUAGGCUGUGCUAUGAGUUAGUGAUUGCCUAAUAGGCUGUGCUAUGAACCAGUGAUUGCUUAAUAGACUAUGGUACCAACCAGUGAUUGUAAUAAUGAGCUGUGUCGUGAAUCAGUAGACAGAUUCAGGAACAAUGACAGUACUAGACUGUGCCAUGAACCAGUGAUAGGAUAAUAGGCUGUGCUAUGAACCAGUGAUAGGAUAAUAGGCUGUACCAUGAACCAGUGAUAUGAUAAUAGGCUGUACCAUGAACUAGAACUUAACAUGUACUUGGAACUAGUAUGUGUAUGGACAUAAGCUGUACUUCUCUGUGUCAUGAACCAGUGACAAUACGGCAAUAAUUUCCGCCGGAGCAUGUUCCUAUAAUUUGUAUGUCAAAAGAAGUUGUGUAUGCCUAAACAAUUUGUGUAUGCCUAAAUAGUGAAAAGACAUUUUUUUCGCCGAAAUUAAAUGACUUGCAAUAGCAGCGCAUUUGUGCCAAUAUACUGUUUUGUGUUGUGCAUCGUAUUUAACUAAAAAUUUUAAAUUCCAUAGCCUAAAAAGUUACGCUAUCUAAUAAAGUCGAACAGGCUACAUCAGAUAAUAGCACUCUCCAUUUUAUUCGACAUACACCUCAUUUAUAUAUGUUUGAGUCUUCGUAUAUAAAUGUAUGAGGUAUGGCUCAGCCUUCGCAUAUAUAUGUAUGACGCAGUCUUCACAUAUGGUUGAGAUAUAUUGGACAAAUUGUUUGACUGGAGAGACUCUUCAUGCCCCUCAGAAUAAUGAAGGGGAUCUUUCUGCGAUAUAAGUAUAAGUAAUCUCAUUGGCCGGCAAAGGCCCAAACUGCUCAUAGACGAGAUAAAGCUGCAAGAUCCCUAUAAAGAAGACCUUGUUGGGCGUCACCAGAGAUUCUGCUGUGAGGAGAUAGCCAACCCGUCCUCUCAAUACAUCUCAUUUUGUAGACGAGGAGUCACAAUAACGUGUCUGAAAUAUGUUGACCAAACCACACAUUAAAAAGUGAAGGGACGAAGACGUUUCGGUCCGUCCUGGACCAUUCUCAAGUCGAUUCACAAUCGACUUGAGAAUGGUCCAUGACAGACCGAAACGUCGUCGUCCCUUCACUUUCUUGUGUGUGGUUUGGUCAAUACAUCUCAUUUUGUACGUUACGGUCCAUAGCGUACACAAUGCAAAGUAAUAUAAAAAAUAACGGCCUACAAACAUCCACAUUUUCAAAGUCCAAAAUAGGACUUUGUACUUUAUACAUUGUAGCAAAUCGAUAAAACGGGCUGCCCAACCCCCACUACCUCUCCCGAUCAUAGUACUGUCUUGCAGGGAUCAUCCUGACACACGGGAUGUUAAGGCUAGGCGACACAUCCAGAAAUUAUAAUAGAAAGCGCUAAGCCAGUAUGACUAAAUAGCUCUUGGGAGAGAUAUAAGGAUAGACUAAGGCAUUGAGAUAUGAGGUCGGGGAAAAGGACUGGUGCCAAUCACUGGGAACAUCGGAGUGCGCCAGGGCACAAACCGUCCUCUCGGAUAGUACAUCGUAUUUUGGCGUAUAAAUACAUUAUGUCAAAUGUUGUGUUUAUUAUUAUGUCCAUACACUUCUACCUCUUUCACUGAAUUUUGUGAACUUGUCGUGUAAGUUUUCUGUACAGUUUAUAACUGCAGAAUUGAAUUUUAUGGUGUAAAAUAUUGUACAUUUAUUUAAUUUGUAUGUUACUGAAUUAUUCUUAAAUGCAAUUUUAUAAAUGUUA